UUAUUUGACGGUGGUCCAUUUCCGAACAAUGGGAAAAAGCAGACCCAGGCACCUUUUAAGGUUCACGAGCGAAGCAAGCCAGAUUUUCUCCUGAUUUUAGAGAGAGAGAGAGGGUUUCUAUGGAGGAAGGCAAGAGAGAGAGUUAGGGUUUCCUUUGGAGAAGCAGGAGAAGAAGAAAGCAUUUCCCACCGAUUAAGAGUGAAACAGCAGCAUCAGUAAGGUUUUCGUUUCUGUUCAGAUGAAAAAAGAAGGAAGCUAGGGUUUUCUGCAAGUCUUCUGUGAGAGAGAGAGAAAGAGAGCGCUAGCAAAGUGGAAUCACAGUUGUCGCCUCAGAGAACCAAAUGGCAAAGAAAAAACCAGAAGAGCUUUUAUGGGAGAGUAAGAGAGAGAGGUCAAGAGAUACAAAAGUAAACGAGAUGUAAUGGUUUCUCUGGAUAACAAUCGAGGAGAAGUAAACAAGGUAGAUGGGUUUUCAUUGAGAGAGAGAGGGAUGGAAUUUAUCUAGAGAGAGAGGGAGAAUGGAAGGUCCCGUUGUUGCAACACCAGAGAAGCGCGUAUUCCACCAUUUAUCUACUGAAACAAAUGGAACAAUCCCCCCAAAUGUCAGAGCUUCUCCUCCUCCUGUGGCCACCCCACCUGGCUCUACAUGCUUUCGGAUUCUAUGCCCUGUAACUAAAACAGGCGCCGUUAUAGGGAAAUCGGGCUCAAUAGUCCGACAAUUGCAAAAGCAAAGUGGGGCGAAGAUUCAAAUCCUAGAGCCCAUUCAUGGAUGCCAAGAAAGAGUGGUUCGCAUUCUGGCCUCUGAUAGGAGGGAUCAUAGUGGUCCUUCUUCUGCUCAAGAAGCCCUGACCCUAGUUUUUGAGAGAAUUGUUACCGCUGAGAAUGAAGGGGGCCAAGGUGGUGGUCCUGUAAUUUGCAGGCUUUUGGUCCCUCAGGUCCAUGUGGGAAGUGUUAUGGGGAAGGGUGGACGAGUUGUUAAGGGAAUUCGAAAGGAGAGUGGAGCGAAAAUUAGGGUUUUGACUCAUGACCAGGCCCCACCUUGUGUGUCUGCUUCAGAUGAGCUGAUACAGAUUAUGGGAGACCUAUCAGCUGUGAAGAAAGCCCUUCUCUCUGUUUCCACCUGCCUCCAAGAAAGUGCACAAUCAGACAAAGCACGGUUUGAAGCAAGUGGGUCUGUCGGGUCAACCUUUCGUCCGUCAUUUUCUAAUGGGCAUGGAGAGUCAUUUUCUCAGUGGGGCCCACCACAUGCAAAGGGAUCACCUUCUUCAGGUUCGUCCACUGAGGGGCCUGCUGAUUAUUUUGUGGGAGGACUUCUUUCAUCAGUGAAGGAUGGUGUUGCCUCCAUGGGUCAAAGGAAGCCAGAACAGGAGCUUGUGUUUAGGUUGUUAUGUUCGAAUGAUCGACGAGGAGGAGUAAUAGGGAGAGGAGGGACCAUUGUUAAAGCAAUGCAGAAUGAGACUGGUGCAGCGAUAAAUUUUGCUCAGCAUAUGCCAGAAUCAGACGAGUGUGUAGUUACCAUAUCCGCAAUGGAGAACCCAGAGUCACGAAUCUCUCCAGCACAAAAUGCUGUGAUUCGUGUUCAUUCUAGGGUAGUAGAGGUAGGUAUGGGUAAAGGUGCCAAUGCAUGGGAUGCAUGCAUGCCAGCCCGGCUUCUGGUACCAGCAACUCAAAUAGGUUGCUUGCUGGGUAAGGGAGGCACACUAAUUGCAGACAUGAGGAGGGCAACUGGUGCAACUAUUAUGAUUUUCUCGAAGGAUCAGGUGCCAAAAUGCGCUUCAGAGGAUGAUGAAGUUGUUCAGAUUUCUGGCGAAGAAUUCCAGAUUCGUAUUGGUUUGUUUCAUGUGACGACAAGGCUACGAGACUAUAUUUUUGGAGCUGGAACUCCCUCAUCUAUGGCUGCUCCAGAGAUUUCUUCAUAUGACAAAAAUCGUGACCCUGACUCUUCUUCAAUGUACCCUCCAAUUGGCUUCUCCCAUGAUCUAGAUCAUUCUUCUUCGCUGUCUCACAGUAUUGACCGGUUGUAUCUUCAGACUAGUGAUCGUCUUGGAUUGUCCCAUGGCUGUGAUCGCCAUGCUUCACUGACGUUAUGGCCAUCCCUGGCUGUGGAGGGGGAUGGAAACCCAAAAGCCAUUCCAGAUGUUGGGAAUGGCUUGACAACCCUCAAAGGUGGCUUAGGAAGCGGAACCAAGUCGGCAAUAGUGACAAAUACAACGAUCGAGAUUGCAGUUCCAGAACAUUUACUUGGUUCUGUUUAUGGAGAGAACAGGACCAAUCUUAACCGAAUCAAACAGAUCUCGGGGGCCAAGGUAACAGUGUAUGAUCCACGGCCAGGAACAACUCAGGGGACGGUGAUCAUAUCAGGGACCCCAGAUCAGACCCAGGCAGCCCAGAGCCUUCUUCAGGCCUACAUUCUAAGCGGACCCGCCUCACCAUAAUAUCAAUGCUUGUCCGAUAUUAUGCUGCUCUAUUCAAACGGCCUCAGAGCACUUGGAGUCCUUGUGCAGAUUAUCUUACGGUUGUGAUUUGCGAAAUGCGUUUUUUAAUUUUUAUUUUUUUCCUUUUCUUUUGGAGCAGGGGUCGCAGUCGACAAUAUCUGUGUUCGAUGGAAAUUAUAAAAUUAUAACAUGACGUGUGGUAGCAAUUUUCACAAGUUUAUGUUAAACGAAUACUUAGUUUGAAGGCAGCUCAGAGUUCUUGGAGUUAUGGAGAAUGAAUCAAAUAGAAUAAGAAGAAUGAAACAAAAUUUUCAGUUCUACUUUUUCUC